AGAAAAUAAAAUUUAGGAUGGCGACACUGCCAACGGGGCACCUUCGAUCGAUGGGCUGCUGUCAACAAAUUCUUUAUAAAAUAUUUAUAAAAUAAAUUCCAUGAUAGACGCAGCUACUCUUUGACGACGUAUUCAUCUCGGCUCAUGUAAAAGUAACAUAGUGUUUUGAGUUGGAUGUAGUGACACAUCUGGUGCGAUAGUGAAAGUGUUUCUUGUAUCAGUUGAUUCCGUUCCAUGAUAGUGACGGGGCUGUCGGUCGCUGCCGUAGCAUAUGUGAGCGGAGCCCUCGUGAAUGUUAUGUAAGCGGUAGCACCGUGCGGCAUGUCUUGGAUGAAGCGGGCGCAGGGCGGCGCGGCGCCGCCGCCGGGCUCGGAGCGGCAGGCCUACGCCGCACCCCAGGCACAGCCAUUUGGGAACCAACAGAACAUGUACUCGAAUUUCCAAGGAGGAACAACUGGGAGUGUUCCACCGCAGCAGUUCUGGCAGAUGCCGCCGCAGCAGCAGCCCCAGUACAACCAGCAGUAUGGUCAGGUGUAUCAGCAACAGGACUAUCCCGCCAAUGCUAACCAAUUCUAUCAACAACCAAAUCCUAAUCAAUUUAAUCAGACUUAUACCAACCAAGGCUUUAAUAGUACUCAGCAACAAAGUUACCAACAAAACUAUUAUCAAAACCAAGGAGCACAGCAAUCAAACUUCCAACAAAACAAAGCCAAUGCUGACGGCUGGGAGGACAACUGGGAUUGGGGCUGGGAAGAGUCAGCUAAACAAGCUCAAAAGGCAUCCCAGAAUGCUGUUCAGCAGCCUAGUGCCCCUCAGCAACAGGUCUUCAAUAAUGCUAAUGUAAUAGCAGAGAGUUUUGCUUCAACAGAUAGUUGGAAUUGGUCCAUGGACGACAAGAAAGAACCAAAAGAAACUCCCACUGUGCCUCACAUGAAUGAAAAUAAAGAACCUUCUACACCAGCACAGCCAAAGCCAGCAGCAGAAAAUAAUGCAGUUCCUGACAACAACAUGCCAGUGAGCACCAGUAAUGCUUUGGCGCUACCAGCAGAGGAAGUUCGCACUUUAAAUGACAGAGAAGUGGUCAAGGAACGACUUCCUAAUUUGGCUUUAGGUAAACGCUUCCAUUUAGACAAUUUAACACCGCAGUGGUCCAUUGAAUCACAAAUGUCUCAGGAAUCUAGUGAUGGCCCUCAUACACAAUCUGAAGGAACUUAUAGAAGUGAAAAUCAGUCCAGGAACUCGAGUAAGAGUAGCCCAGGGUUAAACACAGAUAAUUCAAACUUUAAUUACUCACAAGCUGGGUUAGACGAAGGCUAUUCUCAGAACAGUGAAUGGUCAAGGCCUUCAGAAGAACCAACCUUAGUUGACAGUACACAGACAAACAGCUUGCAGGAAAUUCAUGAGGAACUUUCUGCUCCUAUGCAGGAUAUGAGUUUGAAUAAUCAUGAAAACCCUUCAACCGACAAAUUACAUCCAAUGAAUGAGGUGGUGCCCAAAACCAGUCAAGAACAUGCACCAGUAACACAAGCACCACCUGCAAUGUCUCCACCUAACUGUCCAGCACCUGUUCCAUCUGUAGUUGCUCCACUAGUAUCUACGACUAUGCCGCUUCCAACCGUUUCAUCAGUGCCUUUGCCGACUACUUCGUCAUCUGCCACGCUUUCGGCUCCGCCCUCCUCAUCAGCUAUUCCACCCCCCAAUAUCCCUCCAGCAGCUACCAACCAGAAUCCUUUCAAAAUGAAUGCAGGCCCAUUCUCGCACAAAACUAUAGCUAAAGUUUCGACAAGUGCUACAACAGUUCAGGCAUUUCCACCUCCGAUGUCUAGUGCGAAUUUGACGUCGCCAGCUGUUGUUAGCAAAGUUUCUCAGAGUAAUAGAGUGCCUCUGGGGUUUGAGGCAAACUUGGAAACUACUCCAGAUAAUUCAGAACGACCAGACCAGCUCCAAGUAUCGGCCUUCAGACCAAUGGCUGUCUCGCAACAAGUACCCGAUAAUAUGGAAGUAGCACCUAGAAACGAUAGAAAUGAAUAUCUUCAAACUGCUCAUUUGUCAAGCAGUGACUAUGGUGAAAAUACAGAUUUUAGCAGAAGUGCACCACUGCUUGGCUUGCGCCGGAUGGUAGUAGGCCAGCAGGAGUCUGAAUAUAAUCAGAACUUGAAUAUUUCUGGCGACGAACCGCCACCGGGGUUGGCUAGAAUGGUGCCUGGACAACAGACUGAAGCUGAGAAUGCAUACAAUCAGUCUGCUGAUAAUUAUCUAGAUCGCCAUAUUGACGGACAACCGACCGAUAGUGGCGCUCGGCCCUACCGCCAGGCCGACGGGCAACAAACCCCAGACAAUUACACGCAGCCAGCGCCGACACGCGGCGCGGAGAGGCGCCCCGUCGGCCUCGACAGGAUGGUGCCGGGCGAGCCCAGCAACGACGAGUACUCGCAGUACCAGGGAUCUAACUACGCCGCGAACGAGCAUCGCGUGGUCACAGGAUUGGACCAUGACUUCUCUAUGCCAAGUGAUUCGGGGCCACCUGAUGUCAGAGAGCAGAAUGUAGAUGGUUCUGAUUACACUGAACAGAGUGCGAGAAAUCCCUCGAGAAACAUUAUCGGUGCCAGAGAGUCCAGCAAUGACACAUCGCCCGACUUCAACGCUCCACCAGAUGAGCAGCAGAGAGAAGUCACCAUGGAGGGUGAAAAUCUGCAAGACCUUAGUAUCAUUUCAUCAACGGAACUCACUUACUCACGUGAACAGGUGUUGGAUGGCGCCGACAUUACGCUUACGGACAUCCCUACGGACCGUAAGACGGACUUAUCUGAUUCUAUCGACCAUCCGACCACAAGUUCGAGGCGGCAGUCUCUGAAUAGAGUUAAUAGCUCAGGUGAGGAUUCUGAACGAGAUAGAGCGUUCAAAUCAUCACCGAGGAGGGAUAAGCAUAAAUCGACUAGAGACAGAGACCAAAAGCGCGACAGGGACCGCGAUAGGGAGCGAGACAGAGACCGCGAAGACGGUAGGUAUUCCCGCGGGGACCGGAAGUACGAGGCUGACAGACGAUCUGUCAGGGAAGACCGGCGCGCAGACAAGGAGCGCCGCGACGUCCGCGAGCGCCGCGACGACAGUCCCGACGCCCGCCGCGCCCGCCGCGCCGCCCGCCACCACCGCUACGAGACCGAGGACACUGACUACUACAGCGACCGCGACAGAGAUCGAAGGCGGCACCGUGAAGGUUCGUACACGUCGUCGAAACCGCCGCGUCCGGACGACAAAGAGCGAAGGUACGGCUCGGAGCGGGACCGCAGCAAGCGGUACCACACGCUGGAGCGCGAGCGGCGCCACGAGGCGGAGCGCGCGGCGCGGCGCCCGCGCGAGCGCUACGAGCGCGCCUACCGCGACAUCGACGUGGCCCGCUCCCACGCCGGCCAGCGCGCCCGCGACUCGCGCAGAGUUGUGACAUUCUCGAGCGAUGCAAAAGCUAAUGAUAGUUGUAUGAAACAAGGCGAGCUGUCGUCGCCGCCGCGGGCCGACUCGCGCGAGGCCACGGACGACGACGGCGACGCGCGCCGCCGCGCUGAGCGCCGCGCGCGCCGCACCGCCGACCCCUUCUACGACGAGUACGGCGCGUACGCGGACCCGUACCUGGCGCAGCGGCAGCAGUACGCGUACUACGAGCAGCUGCGCCUGCGCGACCCCGCCGCCUACAUGCUGGUGUACAAGCAGCUGCUGGCGGGCCACGCGCCGCCCGCGCCGCCCUCGGCGCCCUACGACGCGUUCGGGUCGGAGCUGGGCGCGGGCUACGAGGCGCGGCGCGAGGACCGCGCCAGCGUGCACUCGGGCCGCUCCUCCGCCGCCGGCCUCAAGGGCAACGACACGUACUGCUUCCGGCCGCGCGAGCUGCGCGACGCGCCCGAGCUGCGUGCAGACCUCUCCGACAGGGAGCUGACCACGGACAUGUCGCUCAACCUGCACCUGGAGGAGUCGACGGUGCGCUCGGAGAGGAUGACGCCGUUCCGCUACUCCACCGCGCACAUCAAGGGCAGCGUGGGCGUGCGCGACGUGGUGGUGGUGCGCGCGGCCUACCCCGUGGACGGCGCGCCCGCCACCGUGCACGUGCUGUCGCUGGCCGCCGCGCUGCGCCACCUGCCCGCCGCCGCCGAGCUGGCCGCCUUCCCCGGCCCGCUGCUCAAAGGUGUGACGCACAAGAAGAGCGUCAUCGACUACUGCGAGCUGCGCGUGCGCAGCGCCGAGAAGGAAGGCGCGCGUGACGUCACCGGCUACGUGCUGCUGUGGAGCCUGCUGGCGCUCAUGCUCAGGCAGAACGGGGUGGUGGUGGGCACCGACAUAGCCGAGCUCCUCAUGAAGAACGCGACAGAAUACGAGUACAAAGUGCCCGCUGCGAAGUCUCGAAAUGAGAGUAGACGAGGUUCUUCCAUGUCGGGCGAGGGCCGCGAUGGACGCGAAGAGGAGCUGCGGAGCUCUUCUCCCGACCAGCCAUCUUUAUCCAUGUCAGAAAAGCUGAACCAGGAGUGGUCGAGUUCUCCCGGGCAGGCGGCGGUGGACGAGCGCGCCGCACUGGACCGUCUGCGCGAACUGCUCAUAUACGGCAACAGGCAGGAGGCCAUCGAGUGGGCGAUGAGCGCGGGGCUGUGGGGGCACGCGCUGCAGCUGUCGUGGCACGCGGCGCGGCGCGUGCGCGCGCACGUGGCGGCGCGCUUCCUGCACGCGCUGCCGCCGCACGACCCGCUGCACACGCUGUACGCCGCGCUGCAGGCCGCGCCGCCGCCCGCCGCCGCCGCGCUGGCCGACGAGCGCUGGGCCGACUGGCGCCCGCACGCCGCCGUGCUGCUGGCCAACCCCUCCGCGCGCGCCGACCAGGACCGCCGCACGCUCACGCAGCUCGGCGACAGCCUGGCCUCGCGCGGCCUGCUGUACAGCGCGCAGGUGUGCUACGUGUCGGCCGGCGUGCAGCUGGCGCGGCACCCGCUGGCGCCGCUGUGGGGGCCGGGCGCCGCCGCGCCGCGCCUGGCGCUGCUGCUGGCCGACCCCCGCGCCGCCACGCUCGACCGGCUCGCGCACAACAAGGCGCUGUUCGCCACCGAGGUCUACGAGUACGCGCUCUCGCUCAACCAAGACGACUUUGUUAUCACUGAACUACAGCCGUACAAGCUGUUACUGUCGUGCCGGCUGCUGGACUGCGGGCAGUACGAGCGGGCGCUGGCGUACGUCGAGGCGUGCGGCCGCGCCGUCGCCCGCCAGCCCGCCGCCUACCCCCCCGCGCUGCUGGCGCAGCUCGCCACGCUCGCCGACAGGCUGAAGUACCACGACCCGGCGCUGGGCGCGGAGGCCGCGGAGGAGGCGGACAGCGGGCCCGCCUCGCCGCGACACCACUGGCUCAGCGACGUGGCGCAGCGAGCCGAGCAGGCGGCGUCGCAGCAGAGCAGUCCGCAGCACGAGUACCAGCAGCCGCAGCCGCAGUUCGGCUGGAGCGAGCAGCAGUACGCGGGGGCCGAGCCGCCGCCCGCCGAGCCGCCCGAGCCCGCGCCGCAGCACCAGCCGCCGCCAGACCACACCCAGCACUACGCCCCCUACGAGGACUGGGGGCGCGAGGAGCCGCCGCAGCAGUACGAGCCCUACUGGCAGCCCGACCACUACCACUACACCGAGGGCGGCGCGGGAGGCGGGGCGGCGGGCGGCGCCGGGGGCGGGGCGGAGGGCGGCGCCGGGGGCGGGGCGGAGGAGGCGCCCACCAUCACGAUGCCGGGCGCCAGCAAGCCGCGCGCGCCCUACUACGCGGACUACGACGACCCGCCGCAGGAUAACCACCAGCAGCCGGCGGAGCGCGAGGAGACGGGCGGCGCCAGGAAGCAGGAGGGCAAGCCGAAGGAGGAGGGCAAGGGCAAGGGCAGCGGCUGGCUGGGCGGCAUCCUCACCAAGCUGUCGCUGCGCCCGCCCAACCAGAUGAUCCUGCCCGACGACAAGAACCCCACCAUCGUGUGGGACGCGGAGCACAAGCGCUGGCGCAACCUGGACGGCGACGCCGACGCCAGCGAGCCGCCGCCGCCGCCGCCCACCGCCGCGCAGCUGCCGCCCGCGCUCAGGAGCACGUCGCCGCCGCUGUCGGCGCCGCCCGGGGCGCCGCCCGCCGCGCCCGUCUCUAACAUAUUCAAAAUGCAGAAAGGACGACACAUAAAGAAGUCGUACGUGGACGUGUUCAACCCCGGCGGCGCCGCGCGGCCGCUGCCGCCGGCGGGCGAGGUGCUGGGCCCCGCGCCGCCGCCGCUGGCGCCCGCCAACUACUUCGUGCCCGCGCCGCUGCCAAACGAAUCAGAGAGCCUGCCCAACGGACACUAACAGCGGCGUGUACGAGCCGUCCAUGGUGGAGAGCGAGCAGGAGGCGUACGAGCGCAGCGGCAUCUAGCGCGGCACGACAUCAUUCCGCGAUCUUGAUCAAAUCAUGUUAUAUGGAAGUAUUCGUCACCCACGUUACAAUACCUACUGGAGUAAAGCAUUAGUCAACAACAUGUGUCGCACUGUGUGAGGAACCUAAUCACUGUGCUGUCAGUAUACAUCAUGGUAAUGUUUGUACGCUCAUGCUGGUCGCGGUAUAAAACUUACAAGGAUAUACAGCUUGUGGUUUACUUUAAGAAUAUGGCUAACAUAUUUCAUAACAAAAGUAAUACAUACUACUUAUAAGCAGAAAGUGCUUGGUAGCGUCUGCUAGAUACUCUAUGCCUGUGGGCCGCAGCGCCGGCGCACUGACACGUGCUACUGUUAAUGUAUAUUGUAUAUGAUAAACAAACACGUUCCAUUAUUUUUCUUUUUUUCUCAUUCUUUAUACUCAAUGUCUUACGGAAAUGGAUUUUAUGUUAAAUUAUAUUAUAGUUAGAAAGAAACCAAUGGUAUUUUGAUUCGACACAUAAAUUUUAUUAUUUAAUAAAAAUGAUGUAAUUUAAUGUAUUAUUUCUAUAUUGCUUUCAUAUUUGUUGUCAAUUUAUUUUCUACUAGUAUUAAUGGUAACAAGUUGUGAUUCGUCCAUCGUUUAGUUUCGUCGGGUUUGUGUGUCGUGUGGAUCGGUCAGGUGGUGGGGAUGGCACCGGACAGCUAGCGGCCUGUAGCGGCGCUCGCGCAGCCUCUGCACGGAUACAUUGUAUAAAGUGUUAAAUGCCUUAGUAAUCCAUAAAUAGGCGUUCAUUUGUAUAAAAGCAUAUAUGUAAUUUCGGUUUAUAUGUAUAUUGGAGUGAAGACAGGCGGGGGACACGUCUGGUUUGCAUUGUAUUAUAUGACGAUUCAAAACUUAUGGAAAAUAUUUAAAUAAAAUGUUUAUGUUAUGCUUA